UUCAACUUCAUCAGGUAGAACAUUUAUAUUUUUGUCACAUUACAUGUACAUUACUAAACUGUCUAUAUUUUUCAACUGCAGCAUAUAAUGAUGGUCGGAUGAAAGUGGAUUUAUAAAAAAAUACAUGAUUAUUAAAAUAAAUUAUAAUGAAUUGUAGUACAUGUAUGCACUAGUAAUACUAUAUUUUCUAAUUUGAUCCAACAUGAAUCCAGUAACUCUGAUUCUUUCUCUCUCCUCAUAUAUAAAUCACAGUGUUGAUAUUCAGGGUUACAUCUAAGAGCAUGACAGUGUGAUGGAGCAGAUACUUAGGAACCAGUUCCUACAAGAUUACAGCAACCCCCAAGAACUCCCUGGACGCCUUUACCCAGUUCGGUGCCAACUCUGUGAUGGGCUCCAUCAACUCUCUGACCAUGUACAUCACUAAGGCUGAGGCCAUGGAUAACGGCCUGACUGUUCUGAGCCAGGCUGAGGUUGACGAGACCACCGGUGAGUCUGUGUCUCCUACGAGACCUUUAGGAGAAGUUGGUGAAACAAUAGGCUAUACAUUAUGUUGUGAUCACAUUACAUUCUGUUACUAAUCUCUGAUCCAGGGCCAGUUCUGUUUUUCUUUCUCAUCUGAGCUACAGUAUGCGGGAAGAUAGAAAACCUGUCCUUAGAGCGACUCUCAUAAGGUGUUGACUUCAAUGCUUCCCACAGUUGUGUCAAGUUGGCUGGAUGUCCUUUGGGUAGCGGACCAUUCUUGAUACAAACGGGAAGCUGUUGAGCGUGAAAAACCCAGCAGCGUUGCAGUUCUUGACACAAACCGGUGUGCCUGGCACCUACAUACCCCGUUCAAAGGCACCUAAAUCUUUUGUCUUGCCCAUUCACCCUCUGAAUGGCACACAUACACAAUCCAUGUCUCAAGGCUUAAAAUUCCUUAUUUAACCUGUCUCCUCCCCUUCAUCUACACUGAUUGAAGUGGAUUUAACAGGUGACAUCAAUAAGGGAUCAUAGGUUUCACCUGGAUUCACCUGGUCAGUCUGUGUCAUGGAAAAAGCAGGUGUUCAUAUUUUUUUGUACAGUCAGUGUACAGUAUAUCUUUACAGUGGGCUUAUAGUGAAGAAUAAAAUCAUUAAUGAUUUUCCUGUAUGUGUUACAGGAGGGGGUCGCAGUUCCGGAGCGACCCACUAGGUGUCACCCUCCAACAACCUUAGGCACAUCCUCACUCACAGACUUGACUAAUCAUGAUCCUAUUGGUGUCACCUGUGUCUACCUGUUCACCUGUGUAUUUAUGCCUUCACUUCCCUGUGUUCCCUUGCUCAGUUUUCUCUGCUAGUUUCACUAUGCCAUGCAGUACUAAUCAGUGUCUGAUCGCGGGACGUAUGGACAGAUACGUGAGAAGUGUUCUCCCUGUUUAUUUAUUAUUUCAGUCACAGUUAGUAUUUCGUAUUUUGGCUGUCUGACUGUAUUUUGGAGUCUUAUUUGCUCCGCCUUUCUUUUUCGUGUAAAGUCCGUUAUUUUGUAUCCUGGCUUCGGGACCAUCAGUAAAGAUCCUUGUUUCACCAUCUCUGCCUACUGCCUACUGUCUAUCCUACACCGCACCUGGGUCACACCUCACACCAACCCUUACAGUAUGAAAACAUUAUUGUGGUGUAACUGGUUACACUCAUUAUAUUUGCAUGUGUGUAGUUCCUGAAUUGAGUCUCAAUAAUCCCCUCUUCUUGUUUUUUCUGUAGCUUCUGAGGUGCCCACCAUCAACAUGGCAACAUCAAAGCAGAGUGAGAGCAUGACCGUGGAGUUCACUCAGGUGACCGGAGCCACCUCCUACAUCCUGCGUGCUGAGAACUCUUGACCUGUCCUUCUCAAGAGACCAAGGUGUCCCCUUCCCCCGGGACCGUGCUCAACCUCCAGGCGUACACCGACUACACUCUCAGUGUCAUGUCUGUCAACCACGGAGGUAGGAGCCAGCCUUCCCUCCCUUCAGUAGCAAAGACAGUUAUUGUCCCUUGUACCUCACAUUCACUGACUGUUGGGGAAAGAAAAUAAAAACACAUGUAAACCUGGUAUAAAGAAAUGAGUCAUUCGUAGGGAAAACAGUGACAACCUUCAUCUCCAGUACCCACACCAUAAGUCACUCAAUCUCUUCGCUGACGUAAACAAAUUAAAGCCUAGAAAGGAGAGUAGCUGUAUACCUGACCUUAAACCUGAUUUCAGAUGAUGUGGCGCAAAUCCGGUACUUUCCUCUAAUAGUGAGAUGCUCCUACAGCCCUAAGGAUGAGAGUUAUCUAUCCUGUAUCUGGAGUAAUUAUAUCUGACCCCUGUCCAUGAACACAAAUAAUAAACCUAACUGGGUUGAGAACGGAGUUAGUUAGCCUAUUGGGUGUCUUCAUGUACCAAAACAAGCCAGCAUCAGUUUAAUCUGUUGUGGUUUGGUGGUUUGAUGUUCUUUAGAGGCAGAAGAGAGGGAGCGAGUCAGUCUCAGAUCUCAGUCAUAUAGUACAUUGUAAUUACACUCGCACACAACAGUACCAUCCCACCCCAAAAAAAAUAUGCACUUUACAGUUUUCUUAUGUGAAAGUGAUAAGUAGGCUAUCACACAAUUAAAAGUCAAACCAUAAACACCCAAACACAGACAAACAAAUACAGUGCCUUGCAAAAGUAUUCAUCCCCCUUGGCGUUUUUCCUAUUUUGUUGCAUUACAACCUGUAAUUUAACUGGAUUUUUAUUUGGAUUUCAUGUAAUGGACAUACACAAAAUAGUCCAAAUUGGUGAAGUGAAAAAAACAACUUGCUUCAAAAAAUUCUAAAAAAUAAAUUACGGAAAAGUGGUAGUGCAUAUAUAUUCACCCCCUGCCUGCCUGCCUGCCUGCCCGCCCAGACAAACGUCACCUGGAGCAUGGCCAACAGAGCAGGAGCCACCUACACAGUGAGCGUUGUGGGACAGGAUAACACAUACACCUAUACAUCCAGCGGAACCUCCUGUGAGAUAGAUGACCUGCCCUGUGGCGAGGUCUACCAGGUCAGUACCAUAGCAACCACCGCCAUGGCCAACAGUUUACCCAGCUACACUACUCCACAGGAAACAGGUAGGGAACCAUGGAAACCAUAUGGGGAGAGGGGAAGGUUUUGGUUAAUUGGUUUGGACCACUGGUAUCACUUGUUCCUGGUGAUGUUGUGGUGAAAAAACAUUGACCUUUUUCAUUCAGCUAUGUACAGUUAGAUUUUUUAAAACUAAAGUGAAUGUUUCACAUUUGUGCUUUCCAUUCGUCCCCUAGCGCCCUGUUGCCCGGGAACCCUUAACGUUGACCAGGUGACUCAGGCCAUGACCAACGUCACCUGGUCGGCGGCGAGAGGCGCUCACACCUACGUGACCUCCCUUACCUCACCGAGGGACCAUGCCCUCUGCCACACCCUGGACAACAACUGCCUGAUGGGAUGCAUCACCUGCGGAACCAACUACACCGUCUGUAUGGAGGCCGUCAGCCGCACCGGACACAAGUCUGAGUGCACCUACCACAAUUUCUCAUCC